AUGAAGUCGGCGUCCUCCGAUGCGCCACCGUCAAGUGCAGGUGGAGGUGGAGGGGCAAAUCCCGUUGAAGGGAUCAAGAAGGCCCAUGCCGACAUGGUUGCUUGGUGCUACAAGCCGCAUGGCGCCGCGGACGAGCAACUGAAGAAGAUUGAUGCAGCCGGCGUCAAGAGAGAACACAUAGUAUAUGGAUUGAUCGGAUUGACAAGCUUGUACUUAAUAGCUGGUGAGGGGGCAAUGUUCGUAUCCUAUUUGGUUACAUUCUUCUAUCCGGCAAGUGUUGCUGUGGAGGCGGUCCGUAGUAAAAAGUCAGAUGAAGCCGUCAACCAACUUCAAUACUGGAUUUUCUUUGGAUUUUUCGCUCUUCUGGACUCGACUGCCAUAGCUCUCAUUGCAGCUUGGUACUUCCUCAAAACUGUCUUCCUCGUAUUUCUCUUCCUUCCACAGACUCAAGGAUCUGCAUUGCUCUUCCAGAAAGUGGUUGAACCUAUAGCACGAGCAAUUGAUGGAAUAACGAAGAAGAACUAA